AUGAACAAAAUACUUAAUAAAUGGAUAUGUGCUUAUGAUAACGCUAAGCGUAUGCAAAAAAACGGGUGGUCGGAGAAUGAUGUAUUGGCAAAAGCGCAUGAAUUAUAUUCAAGUGGUAAGAGUGGACAUUUCAUUUUAAUAUCAGAAUGGCUCGCUCUCCGUGAUCAACCACGUUAUGGUAGUCAGGAGAAAGAGUUAGAACGAUUGGAUAAAAUAGCCAUGAGGCAAGAGGAAGCUAACCAAUUGUUGAAAGAAAAUAUUGAGGCUAAGAGGAUGAAGAUGUUUAUGAAGCUAAGUUCAAAGGAGCAUCUUGAUGACCGGAGCAAAGAGUUGUUGAAAAAGUUGGGUCGCGAUCUGUUUGGAAAUUAA